CAAAUUGUAAAAAAUGGGGGCAAUCCCCAAAUUUGGGGAUGAAUGCAUCGGAGUUGGUCUAACCCUCAACCUUCUCCCUCGUCUAUCUUCCAUCUCGUUCUCUCUUUCGUUUCUGUUGAGACAAAAGCCAACAAAACUUCUCCUCUUCUCUUCCUCUCAAUCCUCUGCUUCUGUCCUCUCUCUCAUCCUUUCUAUGAUUAGAUGCAAAGGGAAGAUGAAGAAAGGAAACACACCGAUGGCAACUAAGAUGGCGGCCGUGAGCGGCGAGGAUUAGGACGACGAUGGUGAACGGAGGCAAGAGGACAUUUUUUGUUUCUCUGUAUGUCGUAUUUUAGGUGCGAUUUCGACUUUGGGUAAGUUUUUUAUACAUGUUUAUUUUUUAUUUCUGGGUUUUGGGAGUUUCGGUGGAGAGGAGAAGGACCGAGCUUCGACGAUGUUAUCUCCUGCUAGGCACCAGUGACGGGGAGGUUACUGAUGACAACAGCGGCGACUCACUAUCUAGGAAAGGAGGAUAAGGGGAAGACGAAGGGAAUCAGGGAGGACGUGAGCAGUACGCUCUGCAGCAACGGCGACAGUUUUGGAGAAUGGGAGAUCUGGGUAUAUCCUUUUGAACUCAAUUGGGUUUUGAGUAAGAAGACAAAAAAGGAGGGAAGGAAGGAAACAAGUUCCAAUAAGAAGGGGCUAGGAAAUUUUAUUGGUUGUCUGUGUCUUUCAGUUGAGAAGAAAACAAGAGGAAGUAGUGUUUUUUUCUUGCUUGUGGUGGUGGGGAGGAAGAAGAGGAAGUAGCAGCUUUCGCAAUGAAGAGGAAGAAGGAGCUGAUCAUUUCCCCUGUUUCUUUUUUCAAGCUUUUGGGUGGUAUGUGAUGUGUAUAAGAGAGAAGAAGAAGAAAGAGAAAGAGGAGUGCGCAGAUGCCGUCCCCCAAGAAGAAUCCCAGAGUUCCUCGCUUUAUAGCAGAUAAUGCAAUUUGGUGGGUACUUUUGAUUGGCUAAUAGGUAGGUUGUGUUGUAUUUUUUUUAUUGGCAAAUGAGUGGGCUGGGCCUGGUCCGGUUCGACCAGUCGAUUCGACUGAGAUUGGAUCUGGCCCGAGUCUGGCUGGGCUUGGAUUUUUGGCUUUGGUUGACUGUGAUAUGGGCUUGACCCAACUUUGACUGGGCAGGACUAGGUGACUGGUUUGACUGUUGACCUUGGGCAUGGGCUCAUGUUUCUUUUAUUGCUCUAUUUUACAUAGCAAUUAUUGUGUAAUAACAUUGUAUUUAUCUUAAUAAAAUUGGUAUGACUUCUAUUCUA